AUGGCGCCGCCGCUGGCCUGGCUGCUGCUGGCCUGCCUGCCGGCCGCGCCUCGCCCCGGCUAUAGCGAGGCCGGUCCGCGCGUGGCUUCGUUACCCCGAGAGCGAGGCCCGUGUGUGGUCGAGGAGGAAGUGACCCCCUGCUUCCUGGCCGCCUCCCGUGUCGCCUGUGUACUGCAGGUUGGUUUGGGCCUGAGCGCGGGAAGACACGCAGCGGUCCCCUCCGGCGUGGCCACAAGUGCCCCAGCCACGUUACGAUCUGAUGCGACUGCGCCGCUUCGGUACCUGCUGGGUGUGCUCCUACAUGGAAACCAGAGCUGCCCUCCCUGUCCAGAGGUGGCCUUUCUUCCAAGUUUUGCAGGUUGCCUCUCCCUGCUGGUGACAGUGCAGGAUACUGAGCGUUACACCACCUUAUUUGCCAGUAUUACCCUCAAGUGUGAUUACAGCACUUCAGCCCAGCUGCAGGACGUAGUGGCGACCUGGCGCUUCAAAUCCUUCUGCAAGGACCCCAUCUUUGAUUACUACUCAGCCUCAUACCAAGCCAGUUUAGCUCUUGGCCAGGACCCGUCUGAUGACUGCAAUGAUGUCCAACGAAAGGUGCGCAUUGUCAUCCAGAAAUAUGGGCAGAAUGAGCCUGUGCUGGGUGUUGACUACCGGCAACGAAAGAUCACCAUCCAGAACCGGGCAGACCUUGUUAUCAGUGAAGUCAUGUGGUGGGACCAUGGCGUAUACUACUGCACUGUGGAAGCACCAGGAGAUACCUCAGGGGAUCCGGACAAAGAAGUUAAGCUAAUUGUUUUACACUGGCUCACAGUACUCCUCAUCGUCCUGGGUGGCCUCCUCCUCCUCCUGCUGAUUGGAAUAUGUUGGUGCCAGUGCUGCCCCCAGCAUUGCUGCUGCCACAUCCGGUGUGUCUGCUGCCCAACCCGGUGCUGCUGUAAUGAGAAAGUACUGGAACAGCAUCGAUUCAUGAAGCAGGCUCAGGCAUUUGCACCGUGGAUGUUACCUAACAUGUUCUAUGGAGGUGCUGAUAGGAACUCACAACUUUCCUCUUAUCAGCUGAACCCUCUACUGCAACAAGAUGUGUCUCUGCAGAACAGUCUUCCACUGGUGCAGCCACAAGCUCGACUUUCCCCUAACAAAGGUGUUUUGGACUAUCUGGAGUCUGAAAUCAAGAACCUUAACCCAUCACAGCCCCGGCCACCCUCCAACCAGCGGCAGGCAGUGCAGCCCAGCUUACUGUCCUCCCUGGGCAGCGACAUCAUGCAGCAUGGCACAAACGGUCUUCCUCCUCUCACUGGUCAUGUUUCUUCUUCCCAUGGGAGCAGCAACUCCUCACGUCCACAGAGAACUACCCACAGCCCCAGAACUUGGGACUCCAUAGCAGAGAACAGGAGGGAAGAUCGGAGGUGGCCCUUGCCUUCCAGUGAAGAUUCUCGUUCCAGCUACAGUCGGGAAUCCCGGGACAGGCAGCGAGACGACCAUCCUCCAAGGCAGAGGGCAGGCGGCUAUGAUCACAGGCCGCAGCACUCCAGGCGGGAUGUGUCACCCACCCGCCAGACUGAGAGAGGAAAAAGCAGCAGCAGCAGCUGCAGUUUCUAUUCAGAGGAGGCCAAGGAGCACUCUAGCCACCAUCGUGGCCGGAGACAGCAGUCUGCAGUGAGGCGAGAGUACCAGCAGCACACCAGGAACAGCAAUAACUCGAGGCACCGGCGGCACAGCUACUCUCCCCCAUCUCGACGGGGAUCAUGGAGCUCCUCAGAAGAACAAAUCUGUCUCCCAGCGACAAACCGCAGGCGGCACAACCGGUCUCGGGAAUGGCCAGAUGAUAAACCUCCCAGUUAUCGCUCGCUAGAAAUCAUCCCAGAUCGGGACAGCAAGCACAGAGAGGGUGCAGGGCCACGCUCGGACAGAGGAAGUUCCUAUAGUGCAAGAAGCAUUGUCAUUUAAUGCCAGUACUGAAAGAAUGAAGAUUCACACUGGACUCUUUUUAGCUAUUUUUACUAUAUAGUUGGGAUGACUGCUUUUGAUUGAACCAGCAAAGGGAAAACAAACAGAAGAUGAAACUACUUUUGAAGAAGAUAUGUCUAGUGGACAUGAAAGCGAUAUAUAGCCCAUAUUUGUUCCUACUUUGAUUUGGAAACUUAGGUUUGUGAUGGGCUGAAAACAUGCUAUUGGAUACAGCAAAUGUUUUUAAUAAACAAUUUAUUCCCAGAGAUAUCAAUUGCCUUUGUUAGGUAGGUACCCUGACACUAGAAGCAGUAGUAGAGUAUGUAGAAUGCUGAUCCUUUGGGCACCAGUUACUGGAGAAGGGCUCAGAUAAUCACAGGGAUGUAAAGUCACAGGACAAUAGAGUAAUUUAGGUUGCAAGACAGCUCUGGAACUCAUCUGACCCAGUCACCUCAGAAGUUGGUGUAGAGAGGCAUAGCAUUUCCUUUCUGAGCCCCUCUAAUGUACUUCAGAAUUAUUUGAUGCUUGCUGCUUCUGCCUGGCUUUUCAGUGUAGUGUAAGCAGUUGCUCCCCUUUGUCCCUGAUCCCAAACAGCAGAAUUCCAGUGUUAGAAGGAUUUAGAAGUCU